AUGUCUUCCUCCACAACCUGGUCGCCUGAUUCCUGGCGGUCAAAACCCAUCAAGCAGUCGCCCGCCUACCCAGACGAAGCGGCCCUCAAGAAAUCUGUCAAGGAACUCGGACGCCUACCACCGAUUGUACACCCCAAAGAGAUCGUGGCUUUGAAACAGCACCUUCGUGAUGUGGCCCUAGGUGAGGCCUUCCUGCUGCAGGGCGGCGACUGCGCCGAGCUCUUCGACUACUGCGAGCAAAAUGCCAUCGAGUCCAAGAUCAAGCUGCUUCUGCAGAUGAGUCUGGUUCUCAUUUGGGGUGCCGACAAGCGGGUGGUCCGCAUUGGACGCAUGGCUGGACAGUACGCGAAGCCGAGAUCGAGCCCGACUGAGAUGGUGGACGGUGUGGAGUUGCCGUCCUUCCGUGGCGACAUCCUCAACGGCUUCCACGUCGAUGAGCGGACAAUCGAUCCUCAGAGACUCGUCAAGGCCUACCAAUACUCAUCGGCAACCCUCAACUACAUCAGAGCGUCUCUCUCAACCGGCAUCGCCGAUCUCCACAGGCCGUUGGACUGGGGCCUCGGCCACGUCCGGGACCCGGAGCUCAAGAGGAAGUACUCCGAGGCCGUCCUCUCCCUCACCGACAUGCUCCGCUUCCUGCACACCAUCGGCGCCGACAAGAGCGACAAGCUCGACACCGUCGACCUCUUCACCAGCCACGAGGGCCUGCUGCUCGAGUACGAGCAGCCGCUGACCCGCCUCCUGGAGACGCCGCCGCCGCGACCCACACUCAACAGCAACCCCACCACGGCCAACGGCACCGAGACCACUACCAAGAAGGAGUACUACGACACGUCGGCGCACUUCCUCUGGAUCGGCGACCGCACGCGGCAGAUCGACGGCGCACACGUCGAGUUCUUCAGGGGCAUCGCCAACCCCAUCGGCAUCAAGGUCGGCCCCACCACGCCGACGGACGACCUGCUCGCCCUGCUGCGCACGCUCAACCCGGACUGCGAGCCGGGAAAGAUCACGCUCAUCACGCGCUACGGUGCCUCAAAGGUGCGCGAGCUGCUACCCGCUCACAUCAGGGCCGUUGAGGACAGCGAGUACCGCCGCUGCGUGGUCUGGCAGUGCGACCCUAUGCACGGAAACACGGUCUCGACCGGUGGCGGCAUCAAGACGCGGCGAUUCCGCGACAUCUUCGAGGAGCUUCAAGAGACGCUCCGGAUUCACAAGGAGCAAAAAAGCUACCUCGGCGGCGUCCACCUGGAGUUGACCGGUGAUGCGGUGACGGAAUGCCUUGGUGGCAGCGAGGGCCUGGAUGAGGAUGAUCUGUCGGCCAACUACACGAGUUUCUGCGAUCCGAGGUUGAACGAGAAGCAGGCUCUUGAGCUGGCCUUCUUGAUUGCGGACCAUUACAGAAUGCGCCCUGUGGACGCCUUUCCCCAGUCCCGCACCUCAGCGAUAAGGGGAGCGGGGCUUCCCCGCGGCGCCGGAUGGGCCUCCCCGCGACCGGUCAAAUUCAAGCAGUCCGAACGAGCGGACAGAAUCCGCCGUCUAACUGCCUACCAUGGCCCUUUCUCAUCCCAGGAUCACCAGAUUCUGGACAAGCCCAUUGGUGAGCUGGUGCAGGACGUCCACAAGACCGUCCUGAAACCAAUCGAUAUUCUCAAAACGUACGGCAAGGUUGCCCUCAAGGCCCAUCAGCGCACGAAUUGUCUCACGGAGAUCAUGAUCUCGGAUGCCGAGAAGUGGGUAGAAGACGGCUCCAUCAACAUGAAGGGCCCCCUUGCCGGCAUCCCCGUGAGUCUGAAGGACACCAUCGUGGUAGGGGGCUACGACACCACCGUUGGUUUCAGCAGCUUCGUGGGCAACAAGACGCCCGUCGACGGUCCCGUGGUGAGACUUCUAAAGGAUGCCGGCGCGGUGCCGUACGUCAAGACCAACUUGCCCAUUACCCUUCUCAGUUUCGAGUCCACCAACGACGUCUGGGGCCGUUGCAAGAACCCGCACAACACGGACUACUCACCCGGAGGUUCGACCGGAGGCGAGAGCGCGCUGCUAGCCAUGGGCGGACGCAUCGGUAUCGGCAGCGACGUUGCGGGCAGCGUGAGGGCGCCGGCACAUUUCUCCGGCUGCUACAGCCUUCGCUGCUCGACGGGACGGUGGCCGAAGCUGGGCUUCUGCACGAGCAUGCCCGGUCAGGAGGGCGUGCCGUCGGUGUACAGCCCCAUGACGAGGACCCUGGACGACCUAAGGUACUUCACUCGCGCAGUGGUCGGCAUGGAACCGUGGAAGUACGACUACAGCGUGCAUCCGCUUGAGUGGAGGGACGAUGUUGAGAAGGAGUAUCUCAAGAAGCCCAGGCUCAGGGUGGGAGUCAUGCGCACCGAUGGCGUGGUCGACCCAAGUCCGGCGUGCCGACGCGCUCUCGAAAUGGUCGAGGUCGCGCUGCGCAAAGAUGGUCACGAGAUUGUCGAGAUCAACCCUCCCUCGCCCUACGAAGCCCUCAAGACCGCAUCUCUGGCGCUGAACGCCGACGGGUGCCAGAUGUUCAACUCCUUCUUCCGCACCGGUGAGUGGAACGACCCGGGUGCCGCCCAGAUGAAGUUCCUCAUGAACAUGCCCGGCCCGUUUCGGUAUCUCUACUACCUGUGGGUGAAGUACGUUCGCCGCGACGACAUCUGGGCCGGUCUGGUCCGGGACUGGCGCCCGCAGACGGCGUUCGAGAACUGGAAGCUCGUCGCGAAGAGAGAGGCGCACCGCCUCGACUGGUACAACUGGUGGAACAAGGUCGAUGUCGAUUUCCUCAUCACUCCGCCCAACGCCACGCCUGCCGUUCCCCACGACGGUAUGAAGGAUGCAUGCAGCAGCUGCGGAUACACUUUUCUCUUCAACCUCCUCGACUACACCGCCGGUGUUCUCCCCGUCACGCACGUCGACAAGGAUCUCGACAAGCUCCCCGCCGACUUCAACAUCAAGAAACUCAACGGCGUCGCCCAGGGCGCAUACAAGCUCUACGACGCAAAGGCCAUGCACGGUCUCCCCGUCGGCGUUCAGGUCGUGGGCAGGAGGUUGGAGGAGGAGAAGGUGCUUUCGCUGAUGCAGAGGGUCGAGGACGCCUUGGGCGAGGACAAGUACAAGCUCCUCGAGAUCGACUAG